UGUCAACUGGUCAACUCAUUGAAGAAAAUGGAAGAAAAUAAAUAAAAAUACGAAGGGGGAGGGAAUGUUAAUUUGUUUGUCUGACUGACGAGACAGCUGAAUUUGUUACACAGCCGUUGUUCGUAAAAUGUUCUUGCUAAUCCAAAAUUAAAGCAAAUCAUCAAGUUGUGUUUAGUGUAAUCAAUCAAAUCUUAUUUCGUGUGUAUAGGCAUGAAAUACGUGAGUCUAGGACACAAAAAUGCAUUUCUCAAUUCCUGACCUGCAACAGUUUCACGACGACAAUGGAAUCUCAUACACUGGAUAUAAUAUUUACAUUGAUGGAUUUUUCCACUGUACUGCCCGCUACAAACAGUUGCUUAGUUUACAUGAACAGAUGCAAACACAAAAUCCUCAUACAAAAUUACCACAGUUUCCACCGAAGAAAUUGUUUCUAACAAGUUCCCAAUUGGAAGAGAGGCGCAUUCUCUUAGAAAAAUACAUACAGUUAGUUGGCCAAAACCCUGUUCUGGCAAAUUCCAAUCUAUUAAUCACAUUCCUAUUCUCUGCUCAGCAAGAAACCCACUCUGUACGGAUGCAUGAAGUAGAUAUAGAAAUUUCACUCAUGAAUGGUUACAGAAUACCUCUCUCAGUAUCCUCCACAGACUCCUCUAGUACAAUACUGGAUAUAGCCUGUAAUUAUAUAAACUUGCCUAAAGAAUUGUCUAAAUAUUUCUCGUUAUAUUUAUUCAAUUGGAGCUGUGCGAAAGAUGGGCAGCCAGCAUUAAAAAAAUUGGAGGAUUAUGAAUCUCCUUAUAUCUCACAAAAGUAUGUUAGGCCUGAAGAUAAAAUUGUCUUGAGAAAAAGUUAUUGGGAUCCAUGUUAUGAUGUCGAUCUGAUGAUAGACAGAGUCAGCUUGGACUUAUUGUAUCUACAAAUAAUUGAAGACUUGGACUUGGGAUGGAUCACAGCAGACUUGCAGACCAAGGAAAUAUUAUCAUCAUAUGAAGCAAAGAAACAAAAGAGAGAGUAUGUUGAACUGGCGCGGAGUCUGCGCCAUUACGGCAGGGUGCCCGCAGGCCUGGCGUCCACCGAGGCGGUGAAUGUCGGGGGCAGCAGCUCAGAUCCGUGCCGUGUGCGGGUGUCCUUAGCUUCCAAGGAGUUGACGCUGACGAGCGUCGCCCAGGGAAGGGAACAACGGUACAAGGUCACUAGGAUGCGGUGCUGGAGGAUUACCACGUUGCACACCAUGGAGAGGCCACACGCAAAUGGUCAUGGUCUUUUAGAAGACUCCAAUAAAAAUUACGAGCUGUCAUUUGAGUAUCUCAUUAGUAAGGACAAUUUGAAAUGGAUAACCUUGAAGACAGAACAUGCUACGUUUAUAAGCGUUUGUUUGCAGUCGAUUGUGGACGAGCUGAUGCGUCAGAAGAACGGGUCGGGCCCCACGUCUCCCCGCAGCAAGCGCGGCAGCGUGACGUUCCUGCGCCGCGACGGCUCCAGCCAACUCAUCACGCCGUCGUCCUCCAGCGACACGCUCAGCUAUAACGGAGACUCGUGCACUUCAAGCAGUUCAAGAGAGAUAUUCUCAGUUCAGAAAUUGACUGAGAAAUUUGCGUCCGUUGCCUUCAAAACCGGCAGAGACUGUGUCGAGAACAAUGCGUUUGAAGCUAUAGGAGAUGACGAACUAUAGACCUCGCGCCAAUGAAACAGCAAUACCUACAGUUCCAAAGAAUCGCUCAUCAUUGGAGGUAAAAGUUGCCAACGUUUUAUGUAAGUUUAAAAAAAAUGUAUAUAACGCUCCUAUUGUAACUACAAUAAUUACUACAUAUACGUAUUCAUUAUGGGAUAUUUGUCGCAUAAAAUCAUGUCGAAUUUUAAAAUUCUUUA